UUCAUUAAAAACAACCCUAUGUGAUGAAAAUGUAAAUGUACUUUCAAAACUGGUAAAUGCAUGAACCAGGGCAUUGACACUGGUUGGAGAGAAAUUAUAGGCUUUGUUUAAUUAAUACCUAUUUCAUUUUAGGCUUCUACUGAUAAUGGAGAGUAGAAACAACAAGAAGUGCGUUAUUUGUAAUAAGAGGCGAAGUCGUGGUGGAUCACCCUUACUUUUGAGUAGGUUUCCUCUGGAUUCUGACCGUUGUCGAAUGUGGGUUAAAAAUGCUGGCUUAGAAGACUUAGCAUAUGUACCUAUUGAAAAGUUACACCAACUGAAGUUUGUUUGUGGUGGGCACUUCACUCCUGAAUCCUUCAAUGCCAAAGGAACUCGGCUGAAGAACUCAGCUAUUCCAACACUGGAAUUGAGCAAUCCCAUCUUGCCAGAUGAAGUUUUGACAGAGUUUCCUCUUCAUGUAAAAGACUCCAAUAAAGAAAACCUCAAGACAGUUCUUUAUGAUCAUUCAUAUUGCAUUCCAAAGAAGUCAAAUCCAGUUGAACGAGUUCCCCUUACAACUACAACCAAACAACUAAAUUCAACAUGUUUGGGAGCUGUGGAUAUACCAGAUUCUGGUAUUUCUGCGAAAACAACUUUUGAACCUCUUCCUUCUACUUCCAAUGCACCAGAACAUAUGACCUAUAAACCCAUUACUCAUGAUGAUAAAAACAUUUGCCAUCAAGAUGCACAGGCAGAAAUAUUAGUCCACAGUUAUAAAAGACCUAAGAAAAACAUUGAAAUGAAAGACACUUCAUCAACAUUUACAAUUAAAGAGAAGAGGCUUUGGCGACAGUUACAAAAUGCAAAAAAAACAAUAAGGAAUAUAGCGAAGUCAAGAGUGAAUUUAGACAAGUUAGAUUCGGAAGUGCUGACAUCGUUAGUAAAGGAUGUAGUGCAGAAUAACAAAAAAAAGUCACAAGGAAAAAGGUGGACUUUAGCCAACAAAAUAUAUGCUUUGGCUAUAUUUAAACGGUCCCCUAAAGCAUACCGCUAUAUGCAAAAGCUGUUUACGCUACCAAGCACUAAAACGCUCCAAAGGAUUUUAAAAAAUAUACCAAUGGAGCCUGGUAUAAAUAAAAAUAUAAUUGAUAUCUUCUUCUUCUUCUUCUUUUCAGCCAAAUGACGUCCACUGCUGGACAAAGGCCUCCCCCAAGGU